AUGGGUUUCGCCUCCAAGAUUGCCGCAGCACAGAAUAGUCAGACCCAGAACCCCCAAGGUCAAGGUCAGAAUAUGCCUGUCAAUCAAGGCACCUAUGGCGGUGCACCGCCAGCAGGAUACACCGGAGGGCCGCCUGCAGCACUGCGGCCAGGUGGAUACGUAAGUAAUCAGCUGCACGAAAGAACCCAACGUCAUCCCCGCAAUGUUGUGAACUGA